AUGCCACAUUGGUGCGAUUCUAUCAAAAUCCAUUACACAUCAAACAGAAGGUUUGCCACAUCUACUAAAUUCCCCUUUCUCAUAUUACAUGUCUGUGCAGUUCUUUACCAACUGCCAUCUCAAAGAAAACAAACUCGGAUCACAAAUGAUAUCAAGAUGAAUUUCAACCUAACCAAAAUUCCGCAAGCUACCUACUACUGUUAUCCAUCUGUAAAGAAUUCAUGUCGCAGGCAAGUUCUUCCUCUCCAAAAUCACAUCCUGCUCUACACAGUACUCUGGGCAACGGUGAUCUUCACUGUUUUAGGAAACUUGUUGGUCAUCAUCACCAUUGCACAUUUUAAGCAGCUUCAUACACCAACCAAUUCUCUUGUUCUGUCUUUGGCAGUCACUGAUUUACUUCUAGGGGGAUUUGUGAUGCCACCCAGAACAGUUCAGCUUGUUGAAACUUGUUGGUAUUUAGGAGAUGCCUUCUAUCGCUAUUUUGCAAUAUGCUAUCCCUUACAAUAUCAAGUUAAGAUUACUGUCUCUGUAACUGUAAACCUGAUCUUGUUUUCAUGGAUUCUGUCAGCUGUACUUGGAUAUGGAAUUGUAUACCUAGAAUUAAAUUUAAAAGGAAUUGAAGAAUUUUAUUACCAAAACGUUAAGUGUGCAGGAAGCUGUGUUUUAAUGCAAAAUGAAGCAUCAGGUUUAGCUUCAUCACUCUUCACUUUUUAUUUACCUGGAUUUGUCAUGAUUUGUAUUUAUCUGAAAAUAUUCAGUGUAGCACGAAGACAAGCCAGGUCUAUUACAGAUACAGUGCAGCAGAACCAGUCAACUGAGGAAAAACGAAAUGUAGCAUCAAGGACAAGAGAAAGAAAAGCUGCAAAAACAUUAGCCAUUGUUAUGGGGGUGUUUAUUUUAUGUUGGGCUCCUUUCUUUUUGUGCAACAUCAUUAAUCCUGUUUUAAAUGACCCAGCUCCUGAGAUUCUCAUAAGAGCUCUUGCCUUCUUUGGUUACAUGAACUCAACAUUUAAUCCACUUGUCUAUGGUUUCUUUUAUAGCUGGUUUAGAAAAGCUCUUAAGUUAAUAGUAAAUGGAAAGAUCUUUCAGAAUGAUUCUUCCAGAAUAAAACUGUAUAAUGAUUAA